ACAAGAGAGAGGGAAACCAGGACCUGAAGAGGCUGGACUCCAGGACCCUGAUGCCCUCACAACAGCCAACAUAUAGGCAGGGUGCUAGAGAUGAUGGAAGCCCAUGUCUUUCCUAGGUAAACUGAGGCUCAAAGAAGUCUAAGCAUCUGUCCAAGGUCACUUAGUAAGGGGGAAUCCACCUUGGACCAGGAGCCCUAUCCUUCCUGCAUAACAGGUGUCUUCAGCGGGGAUGGAUUAAUGUCCGGACAACUAUCUCCCAAAUUCUUCCUUCCAGGGCCCCAUAGUUCUGGAAGUCCAGGAAGUCCAGUCAGCACUAUCCACCGCCAGAUCCUAAUCAGUCCUCAGGCUUAGAGCAACAAUCGCUGAGCGCCCCCUGGAUGGUGUGGUCUGGGCAGUUCUCUAUCGUCCUUCUCCUUGACUCACCUCCAGCCCGGGAGGGCUGGACUCAAGCUCCGCGGACACGGCCCUAGCUGCACCAUAGCCCGGACUUGCUCCAGCUCUGUGAGGCCGCUCUUCUCGGCGCCCCGGGUGGGGCAGGUAGAGCCGUGUGCACUAUGCCUUUAAGUCCCGGCGAGAUGAACGCUGUGAGUCGCAGCCGAGGCUAGCGCGGGACGUCGCCAUCAGCCCAGCUCAGGCCAAGAACAGAGGGACAGCGGGGACCCUCGCCGCCCACUGCGCGCCCAUAGUCGGGGCUCAGCGAGCGGCGGGCGGCGCCCGGUGUGAUGCGGAAAAUGUGAGAGGCAGCGCAGGGCAGUGGGGAGGUGGGCGCGGAAAAGGGCGGCGGCAAGGCAGAAGGGGAGGCAGAGGGAGAGGCCGGGGACUGGUCAGGGACAGGUGGAAGACCAGAGCAGCGACCAAAAGGAUAGAGAGCACACGGCUGUGGGCGGGGGUGUGAGGAAGCCGCAGGAGCCGGGCAGCUGGGCCCCCGCAGGGGUUGCUAGCGCGGCCACGGCGGGGCAGGGCACACCGGUGGAGCGGGAACGCCCGCGGGGUGUCCUCUGGGAGCGGCGGGGAACGUGAGGUGCGGUCGGCCCAGGAAGGGUCGAGCAGCUAGGUCGUUGUGGCAGCCGGGGCCCUUGAUGAGCUCCCCGGGAGGGCGAGAACCCAAAGUGCAGAGUCGGGUGUGCAGCGGCGGGGGUGUGUGCGCGCCCGGGUGUGCGCGAGUGUGAGCGCACGGGAGGCUGGGAGCGCGCGUUAGGGAUUCUGCUGGCAUCGCAGCGUGGAGAGCAGGAGGCAGGAGCCGGGCGCGCAGGGGAGCGCGGGGGCUCUGCCGCGUACACGUCGUGCGCGCUCUCCUGUGCCCAUACACACACUCUCACACAUUCUCACUCUCUCUCACACACACACAAGCACACACACACACGCACACACGCCCUUCCUUCUUCGCUGGUUGCCUCUGCCACCAUCUCGGAGCUGAGUCCUGUGGAGCGAGAACCCAAGCUGGAGCUGGGAUCGGAGGCGAGCCCAGCCUGGUGAUGCCGGCCCAGAGCGGAGCCCCGCACGGACGGCGGGCUCUGAGGCCUCUUGUAUCCACAGGUCCUGAGGUUCUGGCACCUAUGAGCAAAAAGGUCAACUGAGCCAGACCCCAGCUCAUCCCAGCCCAGCUGCGCCUAACACUACCCAGUCACAGGAGUCACGUGAGCCUCCCUCUGGGAUCUGGCAUGAAGGAGAAAUGGAUUCUGGAUUUUCUGCUCUGGCUUCCCCUGACUUCUCCAGAAUUUAAGACAUAUCCUGAGACAUCUCUUGCUCAACCUCGGCCCAGAAUCCCUGAGGAUCGAUCCAGAAACCCAACAACCUCAAAACCUAAAAACAUCAAGACCCUUUCCCUGGACACGGACUGGGCAGAAGUAGCCAGUUCAUCAGGACUAUUUCCAGAAACCUGGCCUGGAGCCCUUUGAUCCUCUGUGAAUCAGAGUAGCUCACCAAGGCUGGCUUUAUCCCUGAGGAAGCCCUGGGUGAGCGAGAGGAUGCUGGCAGGGGGUAUGAGAAGCAUGCCCAGCCCCCUCCUGGCCUGCUGGCAGCCCAUCCUCCUGCUGGUCCUGGGCUCUGUGCUGUCAGGCUCCGCCACCGGCUGCCCGCCCCGCUGCGAGUGCUCAGCGCAGGACCGAGCAGUGCUCUGUCACCGCAAGCGCUUUGUGGCGGUGCCCGAGGGCAUCCCCACCGAGACUCGCCUGCUGGACCUGGGCAAAAACCGCAUCAAGACACUCAACCAGGACGAGUUUGCCAGUUUCCCACACCUGGAGGAGCUAGAACUCAAUGAGAACAUUGUGAGCGCUGUGGAGCCGGGCGCCUUCAACAACCUCUUCAACCUGAGGACGCUGGGGCUUCGCAGCAACCGCCUGAAGCUCAUCCCGCUGGGCGUCUUCACCGGCCUCAGCAACUUGACCAAGCUGGACAUCAGCGAGAACAAGAUCGUCAUCCUGCUAGACUACAUGUUCCAAGACCUAUACAACCUCAAGUCGCUGGAGGUCGGCGACAAUGACCUCGUCUACAUCUCCCAUCGAGCCUUCAGCGGCCUCAACAGCCUGGAACAGCUGACGCUGGAGAAAUGCAAUCUGACCUCCAUCCCCACUGAGGCACUCUCCCACCUGCAUGGCCUCAUCGUCCUGCGGCUACGACACCUCAACAUCAAUGCCAUACGGGACUACUCCUUCAAGAGGCUGUACCGACUCAAGGUCUUAGAGAUCUCCCACUGGCCCUACCUGGACACCAUGACCCCCAACUGCCUCUACGGCCUCAACCUGACAUCCCUAUCUAUCACGCACUGCAACCUGACAGCCGUGCCCUAUCUGGCAGUGCGCCACCUGGUCUAUCUCCGUUUCCUCAAUCUUUCCUACAACCCCAUCGGUACAAUCGAGGGCUCCAUGCUGCAUGAGCUGCUGCGGUUGCAAGAGAUCCAACUGGUGGGCGGGCAGCUGGCCGUGGUGGAGCCCUACGCCUUUCGUGGGCUCAAUUACCUGCGUGUGCUCAAUGUUUCUGGCAACCAGCUGACCACCCUGGAGGAGUCAGCCUUCCACUCGGUGGGCAACCUGGAGACGCUCAUUCUGGACUCCAACCCACUGGCCUGUGACUGCCGGCUGCUGUGGGUGUUCCGGCGCCGCUGGCGGCUCAACUUCAACAGGCAGCAGCCUACCUGCGCCACACCUGAGUUCGUCCAGGGCAAGGAGUUCAAGGACUUCCCCGAUGUGCUCCUACCCAACUACUUCACCUGCCGCCGGGCCCACAUCCGGGACCGCAAGGCACAGCAGGUGUUUGUAGAUGAGGGCCACACGGUGCAGUUCGUAUGCCGGGCAGAUGGCGACCCUCCACCAGCUAUCCUUUGGCUCUCACCCCGCAAGCACUUGGUCUCAGCCAAGAGCAAUGGGCGGCUCACAGUCUUCCCUGAUGGCACGCUGGAGGUGCGCUACGCCCAGGUACAGGACAACGGCACGUACCUGUGCAUCGCAGCCAAUGCAGGCGGCAACGACUCCAUGCCCGCCCACUUGCAUGUGCGCAGCUACUCGCCUGACUGGCCCCAUCAACCCAACAAGACCUUCGCCUUCAUCUCCAACCAGCCAGGCGAGGGAGAGGCCAACAGCACCCGCGCCACUGUGCCUUUCCCCUUCGACAUCAAGACGCUCAUCAUCGCCACCACCAUGGGCUUCAUCUCCUUCCUGGGCGUGGUCCUAUUCUGCCUGGUGCUGCUGUUUCUAUGGAGCCGGGGCAAAGGCAACACAAAGCACAACAUCGAAAUUGAAUAUGUGCCCCGGAAAUCGGACGCAGGCAUCAGCUCAGCUGAUGCACCCCGCAAGUUCAACAUGAAGAUGAUAUGAGGAUGGGGCAGGGUGGGGGCGCAGGGACCCCCCACUUCCGGGGGAACACUGGGCAGGGAAGGUGCCUGGCUGCUGCCCACUCACCCCCAGGCCUUCCCACCUUUCCCUGCCCUCCUCACACACUCUCCCCUCCCCCCACGCGCCCCCGCUGCCACGCCAGCCUCGCCCUCACCGCCUGCCCUCCUUCUACCAGGAUUUCAGAAGGCCAGGCCUGAGGACCCCGCCUACAUAGGGGCCAGAGUUGACAGACGAAUCCAAAGCCGACGAACCACGCGGCAGAGUCAAUAAUUCAAUUAAAAAAAAAGUUACAAACUUCCUCUGUAACUUGGGUUUCAAUAAUUAAUGGAUUUUUAUGAAAACUUGAAAUAAUAAAAAAAGAAAAAAACUAUUUCCUAUAGCUAGUCGGAAUGCAAACUUUUGACGUCCUGAUGGCUCCAGGGCCUUCUUCCAACUCAGUUUCUUGUUUUUCUCUUCCUCCUUCUCCUCCUCUUCCUCCUUUCUCUUCUCUUCCCCUGUGGGGAGGGAUCACUCAGGAAAACAGGGAAGGAGAUUCCAGCCCCACCCUCUGGCCCACUCUGCUAGGCGCCAUUUGGAGCCCUGGUGGCACUCAGCUCCAGGGCCCAGCUCUAGCUGGCUUUUUGCAGGAAGUAGGGAAGGGGAUAGGACUGCCCGGGGGGUGGGGCUUGUCUGCUGGCUGCCAGGCAGCACUACCAAGGGGAGGUGGGUGCCAGGCUCGGGUGUGGCUGAAGCUGGGACGGGCUGGGGUCCUCCUGGGGAACAGUACAGUCGGCGGAAAGAGUCAGGAGCCAGAGGCAGGCUGACUCCUCUCCUCUGGUCCCAGCUCUGCUGCUCACUGUUGUGUGACCUCGAGCAGGUCGCUGGCCCUCUUGGGCCUCAGUCUCCACAUCUGUACAAAUGGGAACAUUGUCCCUGCCCUGCCUACCUCACAGGGCUGUUGUGAGGAACUGAUGAGAUGAUGUAUGUGAAACACUUUGUAACCUGUAAAGCGCUGUGCACAUGUGUGUGGGUGA